GGUUGGACAGGGCCUAUUUCAGAUUUGGCGUCCGCCAUCGCUUUCCCCAGCUUUUUUCCUCUCUCUCUUUCUUUCCUCCAACAAAGGAGCCCGGGGUAUGCGCUUGAGUCGACCAAGCCUACUCCACUCGCAGCUCCACCGCAUCAGACGACGCCCCCUUUCCUUUCCGCCACGACUUGCCGCCACUUUAGGCGCAGCAGCAGACGCGACAAUGAGCUCCAACGACGGGAGCGGCAGCAGCAGUGGAGGCAGCCUCUCGCGGCUCGCCCAGCUCGGUCGCCAGCUGUUGCCCAUCGCACCCGUAUCCACAAAGAGCAGCGGCAGUGGUGACGAUGAACAACAAGAGCAGCUGGGCUCGCUCAGCUUUGGGCCUUCGGUGCAGCUGCCGGUGUUCAAGCCAAAGGACCUGAGCCGGUUACCCCAAGACCGGCUGCUGCUUAGCUUGGACGACCCCGUGACCCUCGAGAGCCUCGAGUGGAUGGCCAAGAAGUACGCCCUGAACCAAGACAUGUUCCUCCUUUCUCCCCCCGGUCCGUACGCCCGUCGACUGGCUAUGACGUUUGCCGCGCUGCUCCAGCUCCCCAUCGAGGUCGUCUCGCUGCACCGCGACAUUGGCGAGGCCGAGCUGCUGCAGACGCGCAACCUCGAGGCAGGUGGCAACCUGAGCUACACCGAUGGACCCGUCGUUCGCGCCAUGAAGCAGGGCGCCAUCCUCGUCCUCGAGGGCGUGGAGCGCGCCGAGAGGAAUGUGCUGCCGCUCCUCAACAACAUUCUCGAGAACCGCGAACAGGAUCUGCCAGACGGGACGAGCCUGGUGCCUGCCUCGAGGCUUGCGUCCGUGCAGAAGGAGGAGGCUGCAGCAAAGCGCUCCGCGUCGCGCUUCCAGGCCGUCGACCCCCGCUUCCGCGUUGUCGCACUGGGCCUGCCCACGCCUCCCUACCGUGGCAAUCCCCUCGAUCCCCCCUUUCGCAGUCGAUACCAGGCUCGGUGGGUCGAAGGAGUGGUGCCAUCCACGCUGAAGCCUUCAACGACGGCGACAUCGGAGCAGGCUGUCCAGCUCAAAGACCGCCUCUUUGAGUGGGCCUCGUUGCUGCGACUGCAUGCGACGGCGGCCAGGGGUGCCGAUGCCCUGCCCCCCGCCUCGCAGCUGCCCAAUGUCCCCGCCACGGCCCUCUCGCUCCUCGACGAUGUCGUCUCGCGCUUCCCGCCCGCUGAGCCCCUGGCUUCCCCGCCGGCCUCGCUCAAUGACACUGGAUCAGAAGAGGCGCAGGCGGCCCUGGCCCUCGCCCAGCAAAAGGCUCCGCGAGACGGUGCGCUCAACGUACCUGAGCGCACCAGGGAUCAGAUCGCACAGCGGGAGGCCGACCAGCUCAAGCGGGCCCAGGACCAGCGUGCAAAGGAGGCCGACAACGUGUCGCCAUCGACGGUCACGCUUCUGGGCGCCGGCUACCCCAUGCUGCACACGCUCGACGACCAGAAGUCAAAGCUUGCCAAGGAGCUCCUCUGGAGCACGGGACUGAACAAGGGCGUGGGCGCCGGCCAAAGUCCGGCCGACUCGGGAGCCGGCAUGCUCGGCUACAUCGUCACGGCAGUCGAGCGAGUCGACGACCGCACGGCCAAGCUCACGUUCAAGCAGGUCGCCAGCGGCACCACCGUCGAGCUCGAAGCGCCGUGUGGACCCUUGCCCUUUGCUCCCCUGCCCGCCACGGCUGGCCGCCAGGAUGAUGUGCUCGUCACUCCCCGGCUCCUCUCGAUGCUCACGGCCAUGCUCCAGCUCCACAGCCUUGGUCGCGACAUCUGCCUGCUGCCCUCGGCCCUCGCUGCGCCUUCGGACAAGGGAAACGAGGAUCCCGAUGUGGUCGUCGCCCGGCAGGCCUCUUCGUCGACGUCAACGACGAUCGGCCUCUUUGCUGCCGUGCUGGGCUACCGGGUCGAGAACGUGUGGCUGUACAAGGACAUUGGCGGCAACGAGCUACUGAUGCGUCGCGCUACCAGCGCAGAUGGGUCGACGACGUGGGAGCCUGCGCCGCUGAUCAAGGGCGCCAACGAUGCCCGCCUGGUCCACCUCGCUGGCGUCGAUGUCCUGGGACCGACGCUGGGCAGCCUUGCCCGGCUCAUGCAGGACCGCGAGGUCGAGCUCUGGGCCGGUCUUCGCGCCACGCUGUCGCGAUCGGGCCUCGACAGCGCCAAGAGUGCAUUUGCAACCAUCGACCCGUGCUUCCGGAUCGUCGCCACCGCCGCCGCGGCCAAGCCCGAGUGGCUCAACGAGGAGGCCUCGACGCUCUUUGGCUUCGUCCAGCCCAGCCCCAUGUCGCCGCAGGAGGAGCGCGCCGUCAUCGAGGCCCAUGCUCCUGGCUGCCCCAAGGACAUCCUCGACAAGCUGCUGCAUUUCGCCCACCGCUACCGCGCCUUGUCUUCCAACACCAACGUGGGCCUGGCCAAGUCUCGCCGGCUUGGGACCAGGGCCCUCGUCAGGAUGGCUCGCCGCCUGGCUGUGCUGCCAGCCAGCACCGACAUGCGCAGCCUCGUCGCCCGCAAUCUUCUCGUCGACUUCCUUCCUCGCACCACGCGAGAGCUCGUCUCGCGCCUCCUCGACGAGUGUGGCUUGCGUCUCCGUGGUUCCGAGGGCGCAUUUGAGUUCCAGCCCAAGGAGUUCCUCGCCGACCCCAGGCACGAAAACGGCCAGCUCGUGUUCGAAGACCGCAACAUGCCCUCUCAGGAGCCUGUGCGCGUGCCGCUGUACGACGCAGCGAGCAAGGAUGCCGAGGGCGGCUCACGCCUCAUCCCGAGCAUCGGCACCGGCUUCUACAACAACCCGACCCAGUCUGCCUUGCUGCGCGACCUGGCCGUCGACCUGCACGUCGUCGGCGAGCACAUCCUCCUCAUGGGCAACCAGGGCACGGGCAAGAACAAGGUCGUCGACCGCAUCGUCGAGCUCCUCGGCCGACCGCGCGAGUACAUGCAGCUCCACAGGGACUCGACGGUGGCCCAGGUGCUCCAGCUCGUCGAGCUCAAGGAAGGAAGGCUGCGCUUCGUCGAGAGCCCCCUUGUGCGUGCCAUCCGACUUGGCCGCGUCGUCGUCGUCGAUGAGGCCGACAAGUGUUCGGCUGCCGUCACGGCCGUGUUCAAGUCGCUUGCUGAGCGCGGCGAGCUGUCGCUGCCCGACGGCUCCCGCGUCAGGCCGGCCAACGUCGCAGGCGACGAUGAGCGCGACGUGGUCGUCCAUCCCGACUUCAGGCUUGUCCUCUUGGCCAACCGGCCAGGCUUCCCGUUCCUGGGCAAUGCCUUCCUCGAGGUGCUUGGAGAGGGCUUCUCGUGCUACGCCGUGGCGAACCCAGACCUGGAGAGCGAGGUGCGGCUGCUGCUCCAGGCGGCUCCCUCGGUCGACGAGGGCCUCGUGCGCAAGCUCGACCUCGCCUUCCACGACCUCCGCGACGCCUUUGACGCCGGCCUCGUCACCUACCCCUACUCGCUCCGAGAGCUGCUGCACAUUGUGCGGCACAUGGACAAGUACCCCAACGAGUCGCUCACCGAUGUCUUGCUCAACACGCUCACCUUUGACAUCCACCGGCCCGAGGCGAUCCAGCUCGUGUACCAGACGCUGAAGCGGCGCGGGCUCGACGUCGAUGGGCUCACGCUCGCGGCGAUUCGCGAGCGCAUGGAGGAGAAAAAGGGCGACAAGGGCGGGCCCCGCAUCGAGUGGGACCCCAAGAAGCUCGGCAUGGACACGUCGCUCGAUAAGCCAAAGCAGGGCAAGACGGACCCGGAGAACAAGCCCCACCAGGGCGGCAACACCUGGAAGGGCGGCACGGGCGGGCGCGACACGGCUGGCCUGGGCGGCAUCGGGGGCUACGAGCGCUUCAAUGCGGGCCACGAGGUCAAGCAGGUCCCCGACAGCCUCAAGAAGGAGGUGCCGGAGCACAUCAAGAAGCAGGCCCGCGAGAUGGCCCAGCGCGCCCUCGCCGAGAAGCUCGCCGACGAAGGCAUGACGGCCCACGAGGGCGCCACGUACCACAAGUACAAGCGCGAGCUCGAGGCCCAGAUCCAGCACCUCGUCAAUGUCCUCAACGACUUGCAGGCACAGGCAAAGGAGCGCACAUGGCUCACGCGCCAGCAGGAGGGCGAGCUCGACGAGCGGCGCCUCACCAAUGCCCUCACGGGCGAGAGGGCCGUCUUCAAGAGGCGCCAGGAGGCACCCCCGGAAGUCGGUGCUCCCCAAACAAAGCCCAAGCGCAUCAGGUUCCUUGUUGAUCUUUCCGCAUCCAUGAUGAGCAUGGCUUACGAUGGCCGCAUGGAGCGAGAGAUCAAGACCAUGCUGAUGAUCAUGGAGGCAUUCAGCCAUGUCAGCAAGGACAAGUUCCUCUACGACAUUGUCGGCCACCACGGUGAGAGCGCACACGUGCACCUCACCACCACCGACAAGCCGCCCGAGACGAUUGGGAAGCGGUGGAAAGUACUGCGGGACAGCGACGCCACGAUGUCGUUUGUCAUGUCGGGCGACUCGACCCUGGAGUCGAUUGCCUGGGCCUGCAAGGACAUUACCAAGCACGAGGCAGACGACUACUUUGUCAUUGCGCUCUCGGAUGCCAACCUGCCGCGGUACGGCAUCACGAUUGCCGCGCUGGAAAAGGCCAUGUCGACGAGCGACAAGGUCAAGUGCGCACUUAUUUGCCUCGAUCGUGGCGAGGACGGCAAGGAGCUGGCUCGCCGGAUGCCGGGUAAAGCAUACCAGGUCUCUGAGAUGAAGGCGUUGCCCCAGGUGCUGAACAGCGUCCUGACUACCAUGAUCGAUUAGAGACUCCCAGAUACAGGCCACGCCGGCCCCUUCCUGUACCUAGACAGUGCCAAGCGGAAUUCAUUACAUUGCGGACGCGGCCUAGAUAGUGCCGAGCGAG